GUGUCAUGCGGCUGGCGCCGAGGGAGGGGUGCCCGGGGCCGCAGCAGCAGUGAGAGGCGCCGAGCCGAGCCCCUGCGAUGACAGCCAUGAAGGAGCAGCCGGCGCACUCGGGCGGCAGGGGGAACCCGCCGCCGCCGCAGCCCGACCAGGAACUUGGAAGUAACAGCCCUCCGCAGAGGAACUGGAAGGGAAUUGCUAUUGCGCUGCUGGUGAUUCUAGUUGUUUGUUCACUCAUCACUAUGUCAGUCAUUCUUUUAACUCCAGAUGAACUCGCAAAUUCAUCAGAAAACAGAUUAUCCUUGGAAGAUCUCUUCAGAAAAGAGUUCAUAGUACAUAAUCCAGAAGCCAAAUGGAUUAAUGAUACAGCAGUGGUGUAUAAAACCAGGAAUGGACAUGUUGUUGAGCUGAAUGUAGAAACAAAUACAACUACAUUAUUAUUGGAAAAUACAACUUUUGUAACCUUCAAAGCAUCAAGAUAUUCYGUUUCACCAGACUUAAGAUUUGUUCUUCUUGCAUAUGAUGUUAAACAGGUUUUUCAUUAUUCUUAUACAGCUUCAUAUUUGAUUUAUAACAUACACACGAGGGAAGUUUGGGAGUUAAACCCUCCAGAAGUAGAGGAUUCAGUUUUGCAGUACGCAGCCUGGGGCGUUCACGGACAGCAACUGAUUUAUAUAUUUGAAAAUAACAUCUACUAUCAGCCUGAUGUAAAGAGCAGCUCAUUGCGCCUGACAUCCUCGGGAAAAGAAGGAAUUAUUUUUAAUGGAAUUGCAGACUGGUUAUAUGAAGAGGAGCUUCUUCAUUCCCACAUYGCCCACUGGUGGUCUCCAGACGGGGAAAGACUGGCUUUCCUGACCAUAAAUGACUCUCUGGUACCCAACAUGGUUAUUCCCCGCUUCACGGGAGGUCUGUAUCCCAAGGGAAAGCAAUAUCCAUAUCCCAAGGCAGGUCAAACAAACCCAACAGUAAAGCUGUUUGUAGUUAAUCUGUAUGGACCAGCACACACCCUGGAGCUGAUGCCACCUGACAGCUUUAAGUCAAGGGAAUAUUAUAUCACCAUGGUGAAAUGGAUAAGCAACACCAAGGCUGUSGUGAGGUGGUUAAACAGAGCUCAGAAUAUCUCCAUCCUUACAGUUUGUGAAACUACAACUGGGGCUUGUACCAGGAAAUAUGAAAUGCAGUCAGACCUGUGGCUUCCUAAACAGAACGAAGAACCUGUUUUCUCCAAGGAUGGCAGUAAGUUCUUCAUGACGGUGCCGGUGAAGCAGGGCGGCCGGGGCGAGUUUCACCACAUUGCCAUGUUCAUUGUGCAGGCUAAAAGUGAACAAAUCAGUGUGAGACACCUGACAUCGGGAAACUGGGAAGUUAUCAAAAUCCUGGCAUACGAUGAAAAUACUCAAAAGAUCUAUUUCUUAAGCACUGAAGAGUCACCAAGAGGAAGACAGCUCCACAGUGUGUCGACAGUGGGGUCAUUGAAUCGUCAGUGUCUCUCCUGUAACUUCUUGAGGGAGCAGUGCACCUACUUCAGUGCCAAGUUCAGCCCCAUGAACAGGCAUUUCCUCCUGCACUGUAAGGGACCAGGUGUUCCAGUUGUAAGUGUGCACAGGACCAGUAAUACUGCAAAGUUUUAUAUUUUGGAAAAUAACCCUGUGUUGAAAGAAGUUGUUUCUAAGAAAAAGAAUUACAAGACUGAAAUAAAAAUGAUUCACAUUGAGGAUUACGAAUUCCCUUUACAGUUGUCACUGCCAAAAGAUUUCACGGAUCGAAACCAGUAUGCCCUUCURUUAAUAAUUGAUGAAGCUCCAGGCAGCCAGUUGGUUACAGAUAAGUUUCACAUUGACUGGGACUCAGUGCUUGUCAACUCUGAUAAUGUCAUCGUAGCUCGAUUUGAUGGCAGAGGGAGUGGAUUUCAAGGCCUCAAGAUCCUACAGGAGGUUCACCGAUGCUUAGGAUCAGUGGAAGUGAAGGACCAAAUUGCAGCCAUAGAAUACCUUUUGAAGCAGCCCUUCAUUGAUCCCAAGAGAUUGGGUAUAUUUGGAAAGGGGUAUGGUGGCUACAUCRCAUCAAUGAUCCUGAAAUCCAGUGAGCGGCUCUUCAAAUGUGGAGCUGUGGUGGCUCCAAUCACAGACAUGAAGUUGUAUGCAUCAGCUUUUUCAGAAAGAUACCUUGGGAUUCCGUCAAAAGAGGAAAUUACCUAUCAGGCAUCAAGUGUAUUACACAAUCUUCAUGGUCUAAAAGAAGUGGAUUUGCUAAUAGUUCAUGGGACAGCUGAUGCUAAAGUUCACUUCCAGCAUUCAGCAGAACUAAUUAAGCAUCUAAUAAAAGCUGGGGCUAAUUACACUAUGCAGAUCUACCCGGAUGAAGGUCAUAACAUCGCUUCCGAGAAAAGCAAAUAUCACCUUUACAGCACAAUCCUUGGGUUUUUUAGUGCUUGUUUAAAGGAGGAGACACCAAUUUUACCACAGGAACCUGAAGAGGAUGAAUAAGGAAGCCUGUUUGUGUAGCACUGAAGGGGACUCACUUUGCGGCUCAAUAAAACCUUAAAUAAAAGUGACUGUAAGAUUGCAGAUUCUGCAGAAGCUCAAGGGCAGCUAAAGGAUAUCACAGUGGAACAGCACAUUUACAGACAAUGAGCUCAUAAACUGGAAUUCGACUACAAAGUCCAAACGUUAUUACCAAGGGACAAAACCUUUACCUUUGUGGAAGGUCAGCAGUUGGUUACAGUUUCCUGGAAGAACUUAGUUUUGCAUAAAGUGUAGGGUUAGUGCAUGUUUGUUAUGUUAAGCCCCACUGUUGGUUCUGUCAGUGGUUGCUUGUUUUUGUUU